AUGGGCUGCUGUGGAGACCGCGAGAAGGGCCUGGUCAAUGUGGCCGCCGACCAGAAGUGGGACUACAUUAACCUCUCAGACUUCAGGUCGACGUCAUGCUUGACACCCUUCUCCUACGCCUGGCUCUGGAUCCUCGUCUUCGUCUCCUGCGCCGUAUACGCCGCCGAUGCUUUCACCGCCGUCAACCUCCUCGCCUUCAACAAGUGGUCUAGUCAGGUACAACCCAAGGUACCUUUCGAAGUUGCCAAAUGGAUCUUCGCCAUUACCAUCAUCAUUUCCUACGUGUUCUUGGCAUACCGAGGCAUCAGGGCAUUCCGUGUCAUGCGCUCCGGCAGUGUGACGGAAUGCUACCUCGAGCCAAUGGCCGCUAUCUGGCAGAGUAUGCGGCUCACCAGCAGCGGACGAGGAUGGCGACGUUUCUUGGUCUUCGCCGAGCUGACAAAGAGUAAGAAGGGUGCCAACUACAUUGCCCUCUUCGUUUAUUUCCAGUUCAAGAGCGCACUCAUCAUCAUCAUCGCUCUCGGCCCACGAAUUGCAAUCAACGCCAUGACUUUGUACGCCGUCAUGCAAGCUCAGCUUCUUCCAGUUGGCGAGCACGCAUCUGAGGAUCGCUCUGGGUUUGAGCAGUUCUUCAUGAACAUAAAAGCUAUGAUUGAGACCGGCAACAAGCAGGAGACCGUUGUCUACUUCACCAUGUUGUUCUCCCUCGUCAUCUGGGUUAUCGCUGCGCUGGGCAUCAUCAUCUCGUGUAUUCUCUACAUCUUCUUUCUCUGGCACUACAUUCCACGUUCUGAUGGCAGCUUGACCAACUACUGCCGUCGUAAGGUUGAGACCCGUCUAGCCCGUAUUGUUGGCAAGAAGAUGAAGAAGGCCAUCGAAAAGGAGGACCAGAAGCGAAGGGCAGAAGAGCAGAAAGCCGUCAAGAAGGGCACACUCAACUCGGUGAGCGCAAAGCCUACUCUGCCCAGUCUCGCUAGAAAGGAAGACGACGGAGCAUCUAUCUAUGGUAUCCAGCGAUCAGAUACGUUCAGCACUGUUGCGACACUGCCGCCUUACUCAUCAAACGCUCCGUCACGCACGAAUACUGUAGCCACCAACAACUCCACUGGUACUGCAAGGAAGUCUACUUUGCCAACACUGAACGAGCGCCCUGGACCAGACCGAUCGGAUACCAACUACUCCACAACCAGUUACGGCUCGAAUGCGCCACUCCUGAACCAAGCAAGCGAUAUGGGUAUGGGAUCGCCUCUACCUCCUGUACCUCACCUCGACCAAAACACAUACUUCUACGAAGAUUCUCCUCUUGCACCACCUGCUAGAGCUUUUACGUCCGCGUCGCAAGGCAGAGCAUCUCCACAACCAACCCUCCCUCGCGUCGACACCAACUACUCAACCGGUCGCUUUUCGCCUCACGACCUCGUCUCACCCCUCGAAGAUAUGUACGGAGCACAGCCUGCGCAAACGUAUACCGCAUUUUCGCCGUACAAUAACCGUGGACCUGCAACUGGACCUGCCUACGAAUUGUCACCCACUGACACCACUCAGGAUAACGGUCCUCGACACUACUACUCGAAUUCGAACGGCUCAGACGAAUACAGACCUCCUCAACUGCCCGGCGCACUUCGUGCUGGCUCGCCAGCCACGUCGCAGACGUCGAACAUGCUGCCUCGACCAGGCACCGCCCCUCCUCCACGAGCAGGUACCGCACCUCCGCGACCAGGUGUUCCAGCGAGCCUACAAUCUGCGAUCCAGCGCCGCGAGGCCUCACAACCUCUACCGAAAAGGGCUAUGACCGGCUCGGUACCCGCUGUACAGCAACGCAGCGCUACGGCGCCGAUCCAACAGCCUAACUGGAACGCACCGGCGCAGAGGAGCUACACACCCUCGAAUCUCGGCGAUCAAAGUUACAGGCCUGCGGAGAGGAGCUAUACACCUGCUGAGAGGAGUUACACACCCGCAGAUCGCAGCUAUACGCCCGCGAGCACAGGCUACCCACCGUCGAAUCAGAGAGGCUACGAAAACGGCUACGGCUACUAGUCGUUGUCAAUCAGCUCUUUGAUUACUUUCCUUGCUUGAUCUUGCAUUUGCAUCUAUUGGCGUUCUCUUCUUUCCUGUUAGACACAGAACCCCUUUACACACGCCACCUUCGGGGACGAUCAGGCUUGACGACACAUACAUUCCGUUCACAGUUUCGAGAUACCCCACGAAACGUUUCUACCGCUGGUCUUGGACGUCCAUUCGCUUCUUUGUUUCAUCUGUUUGGUGCGAUUUGAUGAUAUUUGAAUAAUGAAGGAUCGAUCUGUGCUGCAGAGGGUCUGCGAAUCGAGAUGGAUUGUAUGUGUAUAUUGUAUAUAGCGAGG